AUGAUGAUUGAUAUUAUCAGAUUUCCUAUCAGUGAAGAACAUGAGCAAUACGAAGAUACAUAUGGUUUCGAGAAUAUCUAUGUUCAUUCAUUUCGUAUAGAUAAUAUGUCAGAGAUAAAUCUGACUAAUUUAAAGAAUCAAAGCUUCACCAAUAAUAGUUUUGAUUUAAUAUCAAAUUUCGAAUAUGCAACAUUAACAUACAAAUUUAGUUUGGGAUCUAUUUUCAUUUGUCUUUGCUUAUUAACAAUAACUGGCAAUCUUCUAGUAUUGAUUACAUUUCGUCGUAUACGAACAGUAGGGAAUUUGUUUAUCUUGAGUCUUGCAACUGCUGACCUCAUUGUUGGUUGUUUUGUCAUGCCCAUUGCUGGGAUAUAUGCUAUUAUGGAAAAAUGGAAUAUGGGCCUUGUUCUAUGUCAGAUUUGGCUGUCAGUUGAUUAUACUGCUUCAACAGCAUCAAUAUUUAAUUUACUCACAUUAAGUUUAGAUCGUUAUUGGUCAAUAACAUCUCCACUUCAAUAUCUCGGUAAACGAACACGACCUAGAGCUUUAUUAUUAAUAGGUUUUGCUUGGGGUUUAUCACUUCUAUGGGUUAUACCUAUUUUUGGAUGGCAUCGUUUUGUCAAUCAUGGUGUUAGAUAUAUCGAUUCUACGAAAUGUGAACCUGAAUAUACACAUUCGAAAGUAUUUAAAGUUUCAACAGCGAUAAUAAACUUUUAUUUUCCAUUAUUUGUUUUAAUUUCAUUGAAUGCUCGAAUUUAUUAUGAAAUCAAACGUCGCUAUAAAAGUGUUCUUCUACAAAGACAUUCAAAUCAAAUAAGUGAACCAUCAAGUUAUCAUAAAUUAAAUCCAGCAGCAAGAUAUUCGCGUACAGCAGUAACAAUGGCAUUCUGCGAUAGUGAUAAACAAAUAUGUUCAACACCGUUGACUGUAACUGACAAUGAUAGUUUAAAUGCAUCAAAACGCUCAUCGAUUAAAAAUGAAACUAAUCCAACAUUACGAAUUAAUUUUCGAGAGAAAAAACCUCGAUCUAUAAUAUCAAAUCAAAUAUCGGAUAGUCGACGAUCAUCAUUAAAACGUGCCUAUUCAUUUGUUGAAAGAAAUCCUUAUACGCCGGAUCGAUAUCCAUGUUAUGCUGAUCAUAAUGAACAUUUACGUUCACGUUCACCAAUUCAACCAAAGCCAUCCUCGUUAAAAUUGCGUCCAUGUCGUACGAGUGUAAAACAUCCUCUUAACGUCGAUGAGCGUUGCUUGAAACAUACACAUGAUUAUCAUUCAUGUCGACUUCAUUCAAAUGAACGAAUCGGAAUUAUAAAUAAACGUCGUCAAAAUUCAUCGGCAAGAGCCUACCGUUCGACAUCGCAUAGUUUAACUAAUCGAGCAGCAUUUGUAUGUCGACGUUGUUCUCUAUCAGAUACAAUGCGAACAUCAACAACAAUGAAUAUGUUCAAUUUAUGCAAUUGUUGUUCAACAGCUACAUCCGCUGUAACUAUACAUUCGAAUAUUGAACAAUUUACUAAUACAAAAAUAUCAUCGUCAUCAUUGUCAUCUGUAGCAAGUCGGAGACAGAACACAAUCUCGUCUUUUACUUUACAUAGAAACAGUAUGUCAUCGAAUUUAAUACUUAAUUCAAGUUCUAACAUGAAUCGUCGCACAUCGAGCAAAAUUAAACAAUCAACUGUAUGGAAUCAGCAAGAAAAAGCAUUUCGACAAUUAUUUGCUAUUGUAUUUGGAUUUGCAUGUUGUUUUCUGCCAUAUUUUGUUUUAUAUAUGGUUGUUGCCUUUUGUGGUUCAUGUGUAUCAGAGCGUUUUGUUACAGCAACAAUAUGGCUUGGCUAUGUUAAUUCAACCAUAAAUCCAUUUUUAUAUGCUCUAUCAAAUAAACAUUUUCGACGAACAUUUCAUCGUAUCUUAAAGCGAGAUGAACGCCGACAAUCGUACUAG